UGGACACCUUGAGGAAUAGAUGGCCUGCUUGGGGAAUAGAUGGCCUGCUUGGGGAAUAGAUGGCCUGCUUGGGGAAUAGAUGGCCUGCUUGAGGAAUAGAUGGCCUGCUUGAGGAAUAGAGGGCCUGCUUGAGGAAUAGAUGGCCUGCUUUGGGAAUAGAUGGCCUGCUUGGGGAAUAGAGGGCCUGCUUGAGGAAUAGAUGGCCUGCUUGGGGAAUAGAUGGCCUGCUUGGGGAAUAGAUGGCAUGCUUUGGGAAUAGAGGGCCUGCUUGAGGAAUAGAUGGCCUGCUUGGGGAAUAGAUGGCCUGCUUGGGGAAUAGAUGGCCUGCUUGGGGAAUAGAUGGCCUGCUUUGGGAAUAGAUGGCCUGCUUGGGGAAUAGAUGGCCUGCUUGGGGAAUAGAUGGACCUAAUUUCCACUAAUUGAGUGCCCAUCCCACCUUUGCACCUCUCAUCCUUUCUGGUGUAAAGCCAGUUGUGAGAAUAAAAAUGACCAGCUAAUGCUUUUAGCAGCAGUUACCGGUACUGACUUUGACAAAUGCUAUCAGCUUCCUUUUAUACACAUUCAGUUUAAUUUAGACAUAGAUAUAUUCCACUUUACUUCAAUGAGCACCUAAUAUCACAAAUAUUUAAUUGAUGAAAUAUAUAUUUUUGAAAAGGACAAACAUUUUCUGUGGCAUAACUCCAAUAACAUGUAUUUUCCUUCUGACUCGUCUCUUUACAGCUAGUUCAUGUGUUUCCCUUGUUCAGAUGUUUCUGGUGGUUUUUCUGUGAGCGCUUGGCUGAAGCUGAGAAGGAUCCACUCUGAAGCAGUUUCUGUAACGAGCCAUCAUGGUCCGCCUCACCAUGGAUCUGAUUGCCAAAUCCAGCAACCAUUUCAAAAACAAGAGAAGCUACUCCCUCCCAAAUUACCUCAAGAAACUCACUCAUCUGAACUUCUCCAACAGGAACAUAGAGGACAUUGACGAUCUCUCCAUGUGCAGAAAUCUCACAGUCCUCUACCUGUACGACAAUCAGAUCAGCCAGAUCUGCAACCUGGGUUUUGCCUCCAACCUCACUCACCUAUACAUGCAGAACAACAACAUCACUCACAUAGAUAACCUCUCCGGCCUGCAGAAGCUCUCCAAACUGUACCUGGGGGGAAACAGCAUCACGGUGGUGGAGGGGUUAGAGGAGCUGGGGGAGCUGAAGGAGCUCCACAUGGAGGGCCAGAGACUCCCCAGUGGAGAGAAGCUGCUCUUUGACCCCAGGACUCUCCUCUCCCUCGCUGAAUCUCUAGGUGUCUUGAAUAUCAAUAAGAACAACAUAGAUGAUGUCAGAGAUCUUGCCAUUCUAAAGAAACUCACACAUUUCUUUGCUGCAGACAACCAGCUACAGGACAUGCAGGAUAUAGAGUUGGUGUUCAGCCAAUGGCCUCAGCUGCAUCGAAUGGAUUUGAGUGGAAAUCCUGUGUGCCACAAACCCAAGUACAGAGACAGGCUGAUAACUGUGUGCAAAAGCCUGAACGAACUUGAUGGGAAGGAAAUUAAUGAGUUGUCCAGGCAGUUCCUGAUUAACUGGAAAGCGUCGAAAGACGCCAAGAAAAAACUGAAAGAUGAAAGAAUCAUGACAGGCCAGAUCACCUAUCCCUUUACUGCAGACUUCCACAUGGGCCCCCAUCCUUCAUCCAAAUAUAACUGUGCCAACGUCCUGGGAAAGAGGAAUCCUCCGGGGUGUGGGAGACCCAGCAGGAAGGUCCGCUCAGAACACUCACAACUGGACAGCGCAGCAAUGAGGCCACGGAACGUGAAGAUCCCAGUGAGUGCGGGGCUGCUUAGUGAUGUGGCCGACAAUGCUAAAGUCUGCGGCCUGUAAGACGGACAUGCCAGCUCUGCUAACACACAUUCACUCUGGUGACCCUCUCACAUACACUCUGGUGACCCUCUAACACACACGCACACAUAAUAUACACUCUGGUGACCCUCUCACAUACACUCUGGUGACCCUAUAACACACACACACACAUAAUAUACACUCUGGUGAACCUCUCACAUACACUCUGGUGACCCUCUAACACACACACACACACAUAAUAUACACUCUGGUGACCCUCUAACACACACACACACACAUAAUAUACACUCUGGUGACCCUCUAACACACACGCACACAUAAUAUACACUCUGGUGACCCUCUCACAUACACUCUGGUGACCCUCUAACACACACGCACACAUAAUAUACACUCUGGUGACCCUCUAACACACACACACAUAAUAUACACUCUGGUGACCCUCUCACGCCUAAACUUUACCUUACAGAAAACACAUAGCCAGUGCUUGACUUGGGCAGGAGCUCACUAGAGCUGAGUACCAGCACCUAAAAUGUUCUACUGCAUCUCUUAUAGAAUAUUAACUAGAAACUAUUGUGGAACUCCUGCAACUAAAUAUAAACAGUUCCGGGACCCAAAAUGAUUAUCGGCACCUAUUCCAGCCCAAGUCAAGCACUGCACAUAACCUCCCACUGCUAUCACCACACAUCAGGGGUGGACCUGACCCCUAACACACUCAAUAUGAAAGAGUCUACACUAUGGUCUUUCACUGUCAGGGACUGAUGGACUGCAGUAGAGGCACUUUAUGGUCAUAAUAUAUAUACUACCUUUGAAGUAUUCUUAAAAUAUUAUGACAGAACAAUAGCUGCCCUAUAAAAACAGUGUCUGAUAUUAUAUCUAUGUUUUUUUGGCCUUUGCCUGUUUGAUGUUUGUUUUGUGUACCUGAGUGGACUUGAUAAGAAUUUUACAAUACCUGGAUUUUAGAGUGUAAGAUCUGAUGUGUCUAUUUAUGAAAUGACUGAAUGCCAAAUAAUGGUGUUUGUGUGUGUCCAUGCUGGGAAGUACAACUCACUUCAUACAAAUGGCUUUAUUGGAUUUUUACAAAUACCAUUUUCACCAAUUUGGAAGUUAUAUCCCAGAACUCUAUGUCAAAUAAGUCCACACCGCAAAUCCCAUCUGAGUUUGUGUUUUAUACAAAUUAAAUAACGUUAAAAAAAUAAUAAUUUGAGUAUAACCGCUAUCUGUGUCCUUGAUAGUGUAGUUUGUCUUUUUCCCCCUGCUGUAUUAAUUACAUGUUUUGUGGGACACCGACCGUGUGUAAUGAUGUCAGAUAUGCACUUAAUUGCCCAGCAUUGUCAUAAAUUAUUAUUGUAGAAUAAAUGGUGAAGGUUUUAA